AUGUGCCACUUUCAGGUCUCCUCACACUGCUGGUGUGUUCCAUUUUUUGUCAUAGGGUGCUGGCAGAUUACGGGCCUCCCAUAGCUGCUGCCAGGCCCCUAAUCUGCCAUGGGCCCCUGUACCGCCUCCUCAUGCUGCUGCCAGGCCCCUAAUCUGCCAUGGGCCCCCGUACCGACUCCUCAUGCUGCUGCCAGGCCCGUAAUCUGUCAUGGGCCCCUGUACCGCCUCCUCAUGCUGCUGCCAGGUCCAGAGUGUGUCAUGGGUCCCUGUACGGCCUCCCAUUGCUGCUGUCUCCAUCGCCACACUCUGCCAUGUGCCACUUUCAGGUCUCCUCACACUGCUGGUGGUUUCCAUUUUUGUCAUAGGGUGCUGUAUGGCCUCCCAUUGCUGCUGCCUCCACCGCCACACUGUGGCUCCACACUCUGGUUUUGGCCCCGUGACUGCCCAAAUGAGUGAAGUGUGUGGUGAUUCUAAGAUCGUCGGCACUCAUCUGCAUGUCAUACUGACUGUCAGUAUUAUUUCUCUUCCCCAGCAGACUCCAAGGGCAUUUAAAUUAAAGGUACAGUGUUCUGCACUAAUAUAA